UCACGACACAAGGCGGCGACGGUAGCCUUUGAUGUUUGGAGUUUAGCUUUGCUGCUCAGGAGCGUCAUGAGUGACUUUGAGGAUGCUGCCUUUUAUUUUGAGUCUUUCACUUCUCCAAAACCAAAAAGAAAAAAACAGGCCAAGAAAGACAGAAAAGAGCCCAAACCUAAAAAGAGUGAGUCCAUAAAAGCACAAGAAGGUGUCCACUCCAAGCUCAGAGAGACGACGAAGGAGCUGAAGGAAAAGAAGAAAGAAAAGAGGAAGAACAAAAACAAAGAAAAGAGGAAAAUGAAGAAGAAGAAGAACAAAUUGGCUCCAGAAUUAGAGGAUUUUACUUUGACUCAGUUCAGCAGCACACAAGCUAAACGGUCAGAGAAGCUUGAAAUUCCCGGCAAAUCUAAAGACUCCAUGAAGGAGGGAAAAAGAAACAAGAUGGUGGCGUUUGACUCGUUACCCACCUACAUACGUGUCAAACGGCCUCAGUUUGCCUCCUCGACACCCAAAGAAACUGAAGAUGUGAGAAGAAACGAGAGCUGCUCGCAGGUCUCAUCGACGGGACAAACUCAGGACGAAGCUCAGGACGAUGUCCAGUGGACCAGCGAUGAUGUAAACAGCCAGGACCUCUUCAUCACCCAGAAGACAUUCAGAACGUCGCCCGCUAAAGCGUUCAGUGGUGUAGCCAGCGAUGAAUUUAUUACUGCCUCUCCACAGGUGUUCACACAGAAAAACAAGAGUCAGAAGACGGCUGAGGAGAUCAACAAGACUCUAGAAAUAACUCACAAAUGUCCUCAGGAAGGCGCGGUCCUUAAGCUGAAGCAGGAGAAGAUCUCCUCACAGACACACAAGCUUAAACCCAGCUUAGCCCAGCAGAAAAAAGCAGAAGCUCCCAAAUGGAUGAACCCGUUCUUGGAUGAACCCGUUGUCAUAAGCGAAACUCCAGAAGAACGUUCUUCUUCAGCCCUUCCACACGGCGAGCCAUCCCUUCCUCGUCCACGCAGCGCAAACAGCUCGACUCAGACAGAAAACUUCUUCACCUCCGAGCUCUCCUCCUACCUCCACUUCUGCCAGAAGAGCAGAGCGGCCGCAUGCGUGGAGGACCUGAAACCUUUAGAUCUGAGUCUGCCACAGAGGGUCAGAAAAGAUCUCCGUUUGUCCGUGAAGAUGUCUGUAAUCAAUGCCAAGCUGGACCUGGGUAAGCCGGUGCUACGAGGAGAAAUGAGCGACGACGGGAGCAAAGGUGUGUCUGAAAAGCUACGAGAGAAACCUGCAGAGGUGAAGAAAGAGCCCGAGACGACUCCAAGCCCCCAGUCGGAGUUUGACACCAAGUCUGCCGACACAACGGCCUCCAGCGAGGACGACCACCUCGCUCGAUCUGCCAAGAAAGACCUGAGCCAGGUCGGAGCGGUCCAGCUGAGACUAAACAAACCCUUCUUCUUCAAGACAAAAGGAGAAUGGCAGUCGCCUCGGCCGGAGUCUCCGCUGACCAAAUUUUCUCAGGGCAGAAACCCUAAAAGCAAAAAGUGUCACUAAGGAAGGACGUGAACGUACGAUGAAAGCUGUUCUUGUUUGUUUCGGAGCAUUUUGGGUCAAAGGCUUAAAAGUUCGAGCUUUUUUAAAACUUGUUUUGUUUUGCAUGAAAAGAUGAUAGUUUGUGUUUGAAGUACAGGCAUGUUUGCUGGAUUGUUCCUCCCUGA